AUGUACCUACUACAAACUGGAGGGCUUCGACAGCAGAAGCCUGAGAUCAAGGUGCUGGCAGGCGUCGCGUGGGCUCCCGUACGACGCCCUGCCCAACCGACCCAGAUUGUCGAUGUUGUUAUUGUUGGGAAAGAUGAAAAAGGCAGAGACACCCCAGAAUAUCUAAUCCAUUUUAAUGGUUGGAACAGGAGCUGGGAUAGACGCGCAGCUGAAGAUCAUGUCCUCCAUGACACCGAUGAAAAUCAGAGAUUGCAGUGUAAAUCGGCAAAAAAAGCUGUAGCUCCCCUGAGAAUCACAGGAAGAAAGAGGAAGCGAAGCGCCAGGUUGCCUGGUGUUGACUUUAUCUUAAAAAGCCUUCCCACUGAAGAAAAAUAUGAAAAUGAGAACUCAAUAAGCACUUUUUCUGAUGACAGUGGUGAAGGAAAGGAUGGAGCAAUAUCUGAAGAAAAUGAUAUUGGAAAGACUGAAAUGAAGGAAGAACCAGAGCUGCACACAAAAAGAGAGAUGGAAGAAAGAAUAAUAACUAUAGACAUCCCGGAAGUUCUGAAGAAGAAACUCGAGGAUGAUUGUUAUUAUAUCAACAGGAGGAAACGGUUAGUGAAACUUCCAUGCCAGACCAACAUCAUAACUAUUUUGGAAUCCUAUGUGAAGCAUUUUGCUAUCAAUGCAGCCUUUUCAGCCAGUGAGAGGCCUUAUCAUCAUGCUGUGUCACACACCAACAUGAAUGUGCAUUGCAUCCCAGCAGAAAAGAAUGUUGACCUUUGUAAGGAGAUGGUGGAUGGAUUAAGAAUAACCUUUGAUUACACUCUCCCAUUGGUUUUGCUCUAUCCAUAUGAACAAGCUCAGUAUAAAAAGGUGACUUCGUCCAAGUUUUUUCUUCCGAUUAAGGAAAGUGCCAUAAACACUAAUAGGAACCAGGAGGGACUCUCUCUAAGUCCACCUUCGUUGAAUCGGUUCACCCCACAGUCCACGGAGAGUCGGUGUGAGCUUGCUGCUCCCAAAAGGCGCAAAGCUGAGCCAGAAGCCUUGCAGUCUCUGAGGCGGUCCAGGCGCCACUCUGCCAACUGCGAUAAGCUGUCUGAGAGCAGUGCCUCGCCUCAGCCCAAGCACCAGCAGCAGGACGUGUCCACCAGCAUGCCCAAGCUGUUCCUGCACCUAGAAAAGAAGACGCCUGUGCAUAGCAGACCAUCCUCGCCUGUUCCUCUGACCCCAAGCAAGGAAGGCAGUGGGGUGUUUGCCAUCUGUGAAGGCAGAACUAAUGAAAUAAAUGAGGUCCUCUCCUGGGAACUCGUACCCAACAGUUACCCACUAGGUGACCAGUCUCUUCCACCUUCCUACAUUUAUGGGGCACAACACUUGCUGAGAUUGUUUGUGAAACUUCCAGAAAUCCUGGUCAAGAUGUCCUUUUCGGAGAAGAAUCUGAAGGCUUUACUGAAGCACUUUGACCUCUUUCUGAGGUUUUUAGAAGAGUACCACGACAACUUCUUCCCAGAGUCUGCCUAUGUCACCGCCUGUGAGGCAUACAACAGCAUUAAGAAUCCCAGGGCAAUUUAUUAA